AUGGUUGUAAUUAGUUUGGGAGUUUUAUUUAAAGGAUUCAACGCAUCAAAAUUUAUUUUAUAUUCAUGCAUUUUAAUCUCAAUCCUAUUAUUUUCUCUGAAACUGGAUGGUUUUGUUAGCUAUAGCUACGCCUACGUGUUCCUUCCGCUUUGGCUUUGUAAUGCAUUGGUUUUCUUAGGCGCCAUAAUUGGAGCAUGCUCAUUUUGUGCAAGACCACCCUCCAGAAAUGAGAUAAUGCUGCGUGUCGAUUUUUCAGCAAUGCUAUUAACAGCAUUGGAGCACGUUUUUCUUUGCGCAUUCAUUACUUUAGUAUUUGUGAAGCUUGAGUUCGAAACAUCUUUUGAGUCAGGAUUCCAACUCCCAUGGACUAUUGUAUUUUGUCCUUUAUUUUCUCUCUCAAUAAUGUCAAUUGGAAUUGCUGUCUGGUCUUUGCGUCACGACAAGCCAUUUGAGUUCGAGUUUUUCUAUGCCAUAAACAUCGUCGAACUUGUAUUUGUCGCAUUCAAACUAGAUAAGCAGAUUGAUUGGUCGUGGGCUGUCGUUUUCAUACCAUUAUGGGUUCUUCUAUCUCUUUCGACAGUUGGUGUUGUCUAUGCACUUGUUUUAUCGAUUGUUUUGGUUCGAUCACGACAUUUUAUGCCAGCACAUCGCCGCCAACACGUUUACUCUGCUAUUCUUCAUACAUUUUUGGUUAUACCUACAUUGCUAUCUUUAAUAUUGCUAACGGCCAAAUUCGACACCGUGCAGAAUCCAGAGAGGGAGCCGGAAAUUGGAUAUGUGAUGGUUUUCUCCCCACUUAUGGUCUCCAUGUUUUUCAUGAUAUUAAUGGCGAUUGGAGUUGGAGGACCACCACCAUCCGGAAACUCUUCAACCAAUGUUUGGUGGUUUGGAGUCCGACAGCCACUUUGUCCAUUUUUGUUCGAAAAAAUUCCAGCUCUUCGAACAUACGCAAAUGUUAGUUAUCGAUUAGGCGGCAGAUCGCGAGCUCAACCUCAGGAAAAUCAGGGCGAAGAGAGGCAAGCUGUUCUUGAAGCAAGUAACCAGGAAAUCGAGGAAAUUGAUUCGGGAGGCAGGAGCCGCCGGAGGCAAGAAGAAAAGACGAAACGGUCUUCUGCUCAAAAUAACGGUCAGCAAGGUACGGCAAGUGGACAAGGCGCGGAUCAAAAUAUCUUGGAGCAUGGCGCAAAUUCUGCAGCAAUUCGUCAAGCUAUGAAUCAGUAUCGAUCCGAAUACGGAAUGCUUUGGUCAGGAGAUAUUGCGGACCCUGAUUAA